UCACUAUGUGCUCGAACCGCUUCGUGACAAGCAACCCAGCCCUCACCAAGCUCCGCGCCAUCUUCUCCUCCCUAAUCGAGUCCAGGGAUUCCGUCGACCUGGUCAGUGUGAGGCGCGAGGCGUCCUUGGUUAUACAUGAAUUGGUUUAUCGGACUCCAGAGCUUAAAGACUAUAUGCGCCCGUGCCACGGGUCAACGAAUCCUCAGAACCUACUUCCCCUCGGAUUUGGACAUGCUAGUUUCCGUCCGAGGCGCCACGUCAAGAAACAGGGCGGCCAGGUCCCGGCGUCUGUGGUUGCAGGGAUUUAUCUUCAGAAGAAGAAGAUGCUGCCUUCUUCGCCUUCAAGUGAUCACUCUCAUGGGUUUACUCGUGAAGCCUUAGUUAGAGCCAAGGAAUGGUUGGUGGACCUCGUUGAUAAAAGUGUGGAAGCCGGUAAGCCUUGUCAAAGGGAUCCAGUUCGAUCAGCAUGUACCCAAGGCGCUCCUGGCCCGCAGACUACUUCUUGUACUGUCCCAAGGCUGGGUGGAAAAUCUCGCACUAGACUAUUGACUGAUCUUGUUCUAUUAAGAGAGGCAAAGGAAUGGUUACUGUAUCUUACUGAGGAUCGUCUGGAAGCCUGGCCGGAUGCGAGUCAGCAGUAUAAACUUCAGUAUUCGAGUAAAUCAGGUGCUUUUGCUUCUCGACUCUCGAAGACUGUACCUAGCGCCUUCACAAGAUCUUCUGAAAGUUCAUCGAUCUUAUCAUAUACAGAAGUCCUGUCAGAAGCAGGCGUUGGUAAUCUUUCCAUCCAAUAAGGGAGGCUGUUACUGUCCGGGAGUCUACAGCUGCUUCUUGGAUCAGUACAUGCAGACCAAAAAUAUUAUUUGUAGCAUGCAGGAGCCUAUCUUGUAGUAGAGCUUAUUUAGGUAGGGUUGUUGUU